AUGUCAUGCCCAAUCACAUGCCUCCACAACCUCCUGUACAUAUGGCCGAUCCGGCCGAUACAACCCGAUAUGCAUGAUCAACCAAUCAUCCCGCUUCAGCGGGCACUAAGCUCACUUUCGUCUUACCGGUACCGCCAAGAUCCCUGUGUACUCCAAAUCACACAGCAAGAUCCACAGGCCGCAGAUGAUUAUCCCUCUCUAACACGCGACUACGAAGCCAUAAAAGCCUUCGUCAUCCAUGUCUAUGUGUUGAAGAUCCCCACCGCGCCGUACACAAAGCAAAUCCUUCAGCCUCCAUCCCAAUCACCUCCUCCCAUCCUCAAACUGCCAACCGUGUACAACCACGCGCUCAUAACGAUAAAAACCCCCAUGCCCUAUUGCUACCAUGACACCUACGAGGCUGAUGACAGCUUCGGUGGAUAUGGGUGGUUUUGCUGUCUUGGCGUCCGUGGGGGAAUCUUGUCCAAGGACGCGUGGGCUAGUAUGCAUUGGGGUAGCGCGGGCAGUGACGAGGAGCGCGCAAAACGUUAUGAAGAGACAAGGCAGGAUGAUGCAUGCCCGGAAAAGCGGUUGGAUAUAUAG